ACAGAGAAAGUGUUGAGCGAUAAUAUGAGUACUGAUGAUAAGCCAUCGAUAAAGAUGAAGGAAAAAUUACGAGGGGUGUUAUCGCAGAUCAGAGGAUAUCGAGAAUUGUGUACUUUGGUUGAGGCGAGAAGAUUGGAGAAGUACGAUAAGGAAAAUAUGCAUCACGAAAAGAGUUUCAUUGUUGAAGAUGUAAUAGUGAUUUUAAGGCUGAUCAGAUUAUGGGACCUUCUCAUGCCUAAUGAGAAACUUAAAAACAGGAAGACAAAACAAUGGCAGAAAAUUGGGUUUCAAAGUGACGAUCCCUCGACAGAUUUCCGUGGAAUGGGUAUUUUGUCAUUGGAACAGCUCUUAUUC